AUGAUGAUGAUGAUGAAGAUCUGUGUCGUCUUUCUGCUGUGUCCUCAGUGGCCCCUGCAGGAGUUAGCACAAUGGCCCCUGCAGCAGUUACCACAGUGGCCCCUGCAGCAGUUACCACAGUGGCCCCUGCAGCAGUUACCACAGUGGCCCCUGCAGCAGUUACCACAGUAGCCCCUGCAGCAGUUACCACAAUGGCCCCUGCAACAGUUACCACAAUGGCCCCUGCAGCAGUUACCACAGUGGCCCCUGCAGCAGUUACCACAAUGGCCCCUGCAGCAGUUACCACAGUGGCCCCUGCAGCAGUUACCACAAUGGCCCCUGCAGCAGUUACCACAAUGGCCCCUGCAACAGUUACCACAAUGGCCCCUGCAGCAGUUACCACAAUGGCCCCUGUAACAGUUACCACAAUGGCCCCUGCAGCAGUUACCACAAUGGCCCCUGCAGCAGUUACCACAAUGGCCCCUGCAACAGUUACCACAAUGGCCCCUGCAGCAGUUACCACAGUGGCCCCUGCAGCAGUUACCACAAUGGCCCCUGCAACAGUUACCACAAUGGCCCCUGCAGCAGUUACCACAAUGGCCCCUGCAGCAGUUACCACAAUGGCCCCUGCAGCAAAGACCACAUUAACCCCUGCAGCAAAGACCACAUUGGCCCCUGCCAAAACAACAAUGGCUCCAGUCAAAACCACAGUGGCCCCAGGAGCGAUCCCUGUGCCCCCUGCAGCUACCACGGCGGCCUCCUCUGCAGCGGUCAUCAGAACCUGCUUCCUGUCAGUGGUUGCAGCUCUCACUGCGGUCAUUUUUAGUUAAGAACUGGAACAAGAGACUCAAAACACACACUGUGUAUUUAUGAAGGAUUUAACUUAACCUGUAAUGUAUUUAUUCAUUGUUUCAUAAUUUAUCAUGUAUACUAUAUACCUAAGUUGGAUGUCUUGCAUUUGAGCAUUCUUUGACUGAUCUUGUCUCCAAACACACAUGUAUUUUUAUAACAGAUCUUAUUAUGCACUGAUUGACUUUAUGUAUAUCUGUAUGAUAUGAUAAGACACACAUUUUUCUGACUGUUAACAUUGACAAAGAACUAUAUGAGCCACACAGGGAGUGGAUUGACAGCUAGUUUAAUCAAAGAGAUAUUGAUGUUCAGUUUUUCUUGUAUUCCAUUAUGUUACACUAUGUGGAAUGUUCUGAAUGGAGACACUUUGCUGCACAUGUGGUGACUGUUCUGUUGUCUCGUCUGAAUUAUGAUAUGCAUUUAACACUAAAAGCGCAUGUAAAGUAUUAAAGUUUUAAA